UCCAUAAACAAACUGCGCAGACGCGUCAUAAUGGACAGCCAGAAAGCGCACUAGGAGGAAAUUCACCUACAGCUUUAGAGAGCAGAGCAUUUUCAGCGGGAUUUACAGAUAGUAGAGUUUUUCGACGAGCUUUUUCCCCGACGGGGCGAAUAUGGCGACGCUGGGACCGGAGCCCCGUCCUCUUUCCCAGCUGCCUUCUGCCGCAUUACAGACGAACCUGAGCGGACUGGGCUCCAGCACGAACCUGCCCCUCAACCGAGGCUUGGAGAGAGCGUUGGAGGAUGCGGCGAACUCUGGAUUUCUGAACCUCAGUACAAGGAAACUGAAAGAAUUCCCUCGGACUGCAUCAAAUUAUGACCUGACGGAUACGGUUGAAGCAGAUCUGUCGAAGAAUCGCUUAAUUGACGUCCCAUCAGAGGUGUGUCAUCUGGUUUCCCUGGAAACGCUGAACCUUUAUCACAACUGCAUAAAAAGCAUUCCUGACACCAUCAUCAGCCUUCAGUCGCUCACCUGCUUAAACAUCAGCCGGAACCAGCUGUCAGUGCUGCCAGCUUGUGUGUGUGGUCUUCCUCUGCGAGUGCUCAACGCCAGCAAUAACAAACUCAACGCACUUCCAGAAAGCAUUGGCCAGCUCACCAAUCUCAUGGAGCUGGAUGUCAGCUGCAAUGAAAUCACAGCUCUUCCACGCCAAAUUGUCCAGCUCAAAUCAUUGAGGGAACUCAAUGUGCACCGCAACCUUCUCUGUGUCCUACCAGAGGAUUUGGCAGAUCUACCUCUGGUCAAGUUUGAUUUCUGCUGUAAUAAAGUUUCUACUAUUCCUGUCUGCUAUCGAAAAAUGACCCAGCUCCAAUCCCUACAGCUGGAGAACAAUCCACUUCAGAGUCCUCCUGCACAGAUCUGUAUGAAGGGCAAGAUUCAUAUAUUCAAAUACCUCGCCAUGGAGGCGUGCCGGAGUGACAAGAUGGCUGAUGCUCUGUACCUUCCUGUCACUGACCGCCUCAGCUUGACACGACCCAGCAAUGGGAGCACUGAGGACAUCGAUCAGCACAAGAAACUUGACAGUGACUCUGGAGUGGGAAGUGACAAUGGAGACAAACGACUUUCUGCUACAGAGCCAUCCGAUGAAGACAGUCUCAGCUUGAAUGUGCCCAUGACCAACAUCACAGAGGAGGAGGGAUUGAGUAAAGACGACUCUAGUGAACACAUCAGCGGCCUGACAGGAGACAGAAGUUCUUCUGAAUCUCUGAAGGAUCACCUGAGUUAUCGAGAUUCUGCCCUUAGUUCACCAUUCGUAAACUAUAUUAAAGGUCGAGGUGCUGACUUCGACGAGCCCCUCAGGAUAGAGGAAGACACUAAUUGGGUUUCAGAACAAACGGCAAAAGUCAAUAUGAUCAAUCAGCUAAAGGAAGCUGUGGAGAUGCUACAGGAUCCUAACAGGGUUAACAUGAACUCUGCUGAUCUGUCUGGUAUUAAACUCUACCCUGUGGAAAUGGUUGCAGUAGACGACUCACUCAAUGGUCAAGAGAGUGAUGAGGGUCAGGCGACACCCAAGGCUCCUGGAGAAUGCUGGGAGUUCCAGAGGAAGAGACAGUUCAUUCUAGAACGGGCCCGGCUGGAGGCCCAGCUCGCAUGCCAACAGUAUGCCCUGCACAUGGCACAACAGGGUGACGUGAUUGGCCAGGAAGGAGCAGGCGAUAGUUGUGAAAACCAAAUUACCAUGAAUGAAGAAAAAACUCCAGUUUCCAGCCCCACACUGAACUCACCUCCCUUUGGCCUGAAGCCUCGAUCAGCUUCACCCUCUGUGCCGUGCUCGACUCCGCCCUGUCCCCUCCCCCUCACACAGGCCCCGCCCACCGAUAGAGACACGCCCCCUAGCCCAGCUGAAGGAGACAUGCCAAGCAGUGUGUUUUUCAGGACGCACAAGACUCUGGAAUCUGUGGAUCCUCAGUUCACCAUGAGGAGAAAGAUGGAGCAGCUAAGAGAAGAGCUGGAGCUCACAGAGCAACUUCGAGAGAGUAUUGAGAGCAGACUGAAAGUGGUUCUUCCUGAGGAUCUGGGAUGCUCUCUCAGUGACGGGGUCGUGCUUUGUCACCUAGUCAAUCACAUUCGGCCGCGAUCAGUUGGCAGUAUUCAUGUACCAUCACCUGCAGUGCCCAAGCUUAGCAUGGCUAAAUGUCGCAGAAACGUUGAAAAUUUCUUGGAUGCCUGCAGAAAAAUGGGAGUCCCUGAGGAUAAGUUAUGCCUGCCGCAUCAUAUCCUGGAGGAGAAGGGACUGAUCAAAGUUGGCAUCACUGUCCAAGCUUUGCUGGAUGAGACGUCCAUCAACCAGACACUCUUCACAUGAGCAUCACACACACACAAACUGACACAAUCACAAACACACACUAAUCCCUGUAGAUGGACGAGCAAAGAAACUCCCUGGACUCUCUCCAUUUAAAACAGCCAGUCCUCAGAUACAGGUAUAUGCUCAUGCUUUUCUGACUUCUUAUUUUGUACUGUUAUCUGAUCACUCUGGCCAUAGAAGUAUAUGCAAAACUAGCUCAAAACUAUCUGGAGAUAUGCAAUUCCUUAAUUUAAUACAUACAUAUAUUUAUUAAAUAGCUAGUUGAGAGAUGUACACAACUGUGCACAAUUCCUGAUGGUUGUAUUUUAUAGAUAUCUCAGUAGGUUUAUUUUUUAUUUGCAUUUGGGCCUUUAGUGAUCUAGAUUUAAAACACUCGUGCUCUCAGAGUCUUACAAUAUGUGACUUGUUUUCAACCACUUUUAAACUUGUUUUUUUUUGGGAGGGGUUGAUGUUUUGUCUCAGGGGAAGUGUGGCCUCAUCAUUGUUUCAUAGUCUCUGCUCUGCUUGCCUGUUCGUCAGAUCACUAAAAGGUAUGUUGCAGUGUGUAUACUAUGGAAGAUUGUUUAUUAUUUAUAAGACAACUGACAUUUUAUCUCUUCAAUUUCAUAGUUUUUGUCUCACCAUAAUUAUUUUUUUUUCAGAAUUGCAAUCCUUGAAUUUUUUUACGGUUGUAAAUCUCAGCUCAGAGGAAAAUUAAAGAUUGUGAGACUGUAUCAAUUGUGAAUAGGACAGUGGAAUUGCAAAAUCCAAAAAGUUGUGAUAUGCAGUAAACUAAAUUUUCAUUCUGAGAUUUGAGACAUAUCUUAUUUUUUUGCUGUUUAUAUCAGAAUUCAGAGCUUAAUCAGAUAAACUCAGAAUUGUAAUAAACCAUAUUUCUCACAUUUGUUGUGCAAUUGUUGCAGUUGUGGUGAAAAAUUUGUAAUAUAAGCUAAAUUCUGAAUUAGAAAAGUUUGCAGUUCUGACUCUCUCUAAAUUCAGAUAUCAUUACAUUUCUGAAUUUACUUCGUCUUUUUUCUGUUAGUUUACUGUAGAUAACAGAAUUUUUAAAUAAGAAUUUCAAUGUUAUAAACUCUCAAAUAUAAAAACUGUAAGGUGCCAUUUAGAGAAAACAAAGUUUCAGAAUUACAAAAUGUUAACCCAAAAUACAGUUAUAAACUGAAAUCUGUCCUUUUUUCUAAACUUUGAGUGAACAAAUGAGUUUAUGAUUUGUUCAAAUUGUGAAUUUAUGACUCAAAGAAAGAUAUUGACUUUAAUAUUAACUCAUAAGUUUAUAAACUUAUAAAUUGCUAUAUAUUGUGUUGUGGUUUGGAAAACUGCAAAACUUAAAAAUAUUGCAAACAAAACUUUUUUCCCUCAGAAUUGUGAGUUAGUUCUGAUGUAUUGGUAAAAAAAAAAAAAAAAAAAAAAUUGUGCCAUAUAAUCACAAUCUUAGAAAUUCACUUAAAAAUAAAUACUGUUUAGGGUGGCAUAAACAUGAUUCCAUAGUGUACAGCAGAAGCAACAUAUAGUUUUUCAUCUGUGUAAGUGUGACUGAAAGUGAGAGAAUGAGAGCAAAUGUUUGCACUUUUUGUAUGUAGUUUGUGUGACUUUUUUUUUUUAUUUUACUUUGUUUUACUUGUGCAUAUUUUCUUACAUAAAGUCUGAUGUCCAAAGCUUCAGCUCCUCAUAGAUUCAGCCAUAAUAACAAACCAAAAACAACUGAAGCUGGUAUCUCACUGGACAUUAUUUGACAGUUGCCAAAAUGUUCAUAUCAAACUGACUUUCAGACCUAAUAGUUUUAUACAUUGCUGUUUUGUUUUUUUUAAACGAUUUAAAUAUAUUUUAAAUAUAAGAUUUUUGUAUUUGUAGAAGGGUUUGUAAUGUGAUAAUGGUGUGUGAAUGUGCAAAAUGUACAGACCGUUUAUAUUUGAUGUGUGUAUUUUAGUAGGAGUUGAUCUGAUUUGGUGUUAAUUUUAUGCAGUAUGUUAAUGUGAACUGACAGGGCAAAAAAAGAAACUUUGUUAUGAUCUAUGUUCUUGCUUUGAAACCAUUAAUAGCACUUCUAUAUAUCAUUUCAGAGAGAGUCUGUGAUAUCUAUGAGAAUCAUCUACAUUAAAUAAUUAAAAAUACAACAGAUCUCUAUCUCUGUACUGAAAUUUCAAGCAAAAGGGAUCUUUUUUAAUCUUUACCAAGACGUAAUUUGACACCAAUAUUUUAUUAUUUUCAAAACCAAAAAUGUCACAACUUGAUUAAAACAAUUGAUAUACCUGUAGAUAAAUAUGGGUUGGAAAGUGUAAUUUCUAGUCUUUGAGGGAAGCUUUUCUUUUAAUAAUUGUAUAAAUUUACUGCUGUAUCUUUUGAGAAAUUAUAUUUAGGUUGUCCUCGAGCAUUAGGGGAAAAACACCCAUUUAAAUUUUAGUUUUAUUAAAGUUGUGCAUUAGUACUGUAAUAUCCACAUUCCCCACCACUUAAGAGAAAACAGUGAAUAAAAUAUGCUAGCUAGAUAGAUUAAUGCAGAUUUGAUUUUGAAAUGACAGUGUUUUGCACUUUAUAUAUUGGGAACUGUCUUUUUUGGCAACUGGCAAAUAGUAUUGUGCACAAUAUUUAUAUUACAGUAUUUGUAGAACAUGCAUCGGCUGAUCUGAUCACUAACGUGUUCGGUAAAUCCUUUUACAAUGGGAUACAAAUCUUUACCUGCUGAAUGUUAUGUGGCUAUUUUGUCUACUUCCGUGAUGUAUAAAGAGAAAAGGCUUGUAACUAAACAUUUUUUUGUACUUUAAUUUUUAUAAAUAGGAAUUAUUUUUCCAUGUCUUUUCAGUGUUCGGGUUUUUACCUCUUUGUAAUUCUGUGAACUUCUAAGUGCAUGUACAGUGCAGGUUCAUGCAUGUUACUCCACCUUUUGCCUUAACCUCUGUAAAUAAGGUUCAUUUGUACCAACUUCUGCCAGUAAAUACUUUCACCUUCAAA